UCUCUCUCUCUCUCCGCUAACCGGCGUUUCCUCCUCCACGCGCCGCCAAUAUCAGACCAUCUCCGCCCGUCAACGGUGACGAUUACGGCAUGCGCUACUGAUUCGCCGCUCACAAUGUGGUGGAAUAAACCAACGUUUCCAGAUGCUCUCUGGUGAAAGUGCUCUUUCCGGAACAGGGUCUACUCCUACUAGGAAACAGACCACAUAUUUCCCGAAUUAAUCCUGGAGCUGAUCUGUUUUGAAACGCAGCGAUAUCUUUUCCACGAGAGCCCAAAGGCCAAAGAAUUGGAGGAUGCAAAUUUCCAGUCGAAAAUGUCAUCAUAAAUACCAGCUUUACUUCAGCAUCUUAAGUCACAGUCUCCGGUUUAAUAAAUCAGCAUUAGUGAACUCUAAGUUUGGACUUCGUACAGUCCCGAUGCGAAGCCUUUGCCCCGCCUAAACUUUGCAGCAUUUGUUUUAACGGCCAAUGUUGGAAGCUGUACAUGAAAUUGGCAUUUAUAUUCAUCGGUUUCACAACCUUGACUUGUUUAAGCAAGGAUGGUAUCAAAUUAAGAUUACGAUGAAAUGGGAGAAUGAAGAUUGUGGUUCUGUGGGUACUCCAGCAAGAGUUGCUCAAUAUGCAGCUCCUGAUUUGGGUUCUGAUGAUGUGUAUGGAAUCUGGAGAAUCGAUGACAGAGACCACAGCUUUUCAACGCAACCUUUUCGAAUCAGAUACGCAAAGCAGGAUAUUCUUUUGUCAAUGAUGGUCUCAUUUAACUUAUCACCUAUUAACUUGGAGGUUCCAUCCGCAUCUGCUGUCAUUCUGAAGUUCGAGCUGCUGUACACUCCUGUGUUGGAUAACAGGUCUAAUAUUCAGGAUUCUCUGAAUAACACUGCUUCAGUCCAUGAAUUUCGGCUUCCCCCUAAAUCCCUGCUGGGGUUGCAUGCCUAUUGUCCGGUUCACUUUGACUCUUACCAUUCAGUGUUAGUUGAUAUAACAGUACAUGUCAGCCUGCUAAAGAGUGCGGCUUACAGUUUCUCAGAGAAGGUACCCAGUGAUCCUACAGUUAAUGGAAACGAUGUUGGUGGUGAGCAUGACAAGUCAAAGCAAGUUAUGCUUGUGCAUGCAUUAUCAAGUGCUAGUGACAUUCUUAAGGAAGAGCUACUAAAGCUCAGCCAGGCUAUCAACCAACCGAUUGAUAUCAAAGAGAUUACUUCAAACGAGCUCUUUGGUGCCGCCCUAAGAUCAGAUCCGGAAGUUGUCAAUGCUGAAGUUUCGAACGAACUCCCCAAUGUUUCUGAGAAUCCAAUUGGUGAAGUUGAUUUCCGUAACAAUGUUUUUCUCAAUAUGCUAUCUGAGGAUAAACUACUCAAGUUAAUCGAUUUGAUUGGCAAUCAAAUGUUUUACUUGUGGAGUAUAUUCUUGAAUUUUCACAGAGCUAACAUAACGAAGAUUCUUGAAUUCCUCCGCAACCAAUGGGCGGUAGAUCGAAAAUCCGAAUGGUCAAUUUGGAUGGUUUACACAAAGGUUGAGAUGCCUCACCAAUACAUAAGCAGUUUGGUGGACGGUUCUUCUUACCAAGGAUUGCACGGUAGAUCUCCCGUUAUGCGGAAGUUAACUGGUGAUCCUGCACAGACUGCUGCUAUGCGAGCAGGGCUUCAUAGGCGAAGUAUUGCACAAAUGAUGAUGAACAACCGGUUUAUUCAAGACAUGCAUAUAUUCGGAGAUCCUUCACGCAUUCCCGUUGUACUUGUAGAACAAGUUGUUAAUGCGCCUUUACGCUCAGUCAGCGGGAAUUCUUACUUCAACCAAUUGGACCAGCUGAAAGACACGAACAGUUUGUUUGAUGAAUUGGGUUCCGACACCACAAAAGCGUUGUCUGAAGUCAACACUCAUCCCAAUGGUCAUGUCCUGAAGAUCGUAGUCUUUGUUCAUGGAUUCCAGGGCCAUCAUCUGGACUUACGUCUCAUCCGUAACCAAUGGCUUUUGAUAGAUCCAAAGGUAGAAUUUCUUAUGUCCGAAGCGAACGAAGACAAAACAUCCGCAGAUUUUCGAGAAAUGGGUCACCGCCUUGCGCAAGAAGUCGUAUCGUUCGUGAAGAAGAAAAUGGAUAAGGUGUCUAGAUCUGGUGUCUUGAGAACAAUUAAACUCAACUUUGUCGGACAUUCAAUUGGAAACUUAAUUUUGAGAACCGCACUAACAGAUAGCAUUAUGGAACCGUACAUGAAAUACCUGCAUACGUAUCUAUCGGUUUCCGGUCCACAUCUCGGUUAUCUUUACAGUUCGAACUCUAUAUUUAACGGGGGUUUGUGGGUAUUGAAGAAACUGAAGGGCACACAAUGUCUUCAUCAGCUCACUUUUACCGAUGACCCUGAUCUCCAAAAUACAUUCUUGUACAAACUAUCCAAGCAUAAGACAUUGGAGAAUUUUCGGAACAUCAUUUUGCUAUCGUCACCGCAGGAUGGGUAUGUUCCAUAUCAUUCUGCUAGAAUAGAGAUGUGUCCAGCAUCUUCAGGAGACAACUCGAAAAAGGGCAAAGUAUUCCUAGAGAUGCUUAACGAGUGCUUGGACCAAAUACGAGCACGGUCCUUUGAGCACAGAGUUUUCAUGCGAUGUGACGUCAAUUUCGACAUUUCAUUGCAAGGUAAAAACCUCAACACCAUAAUUGGAAGGGCUGCACAUAUCGAGUUCCUCGAGACUGACAUCUUUGCCAGGUUUAUAAUGUGGUCCUUUCCCGAUUUAUUCCGCUGAUUAAAGAAAAAACAGGUUGUCAAUAAUUCGAGCCAAAUCAAUUUUAUGUGGAUACUUGUUUUUUUUUUUUUUUGGAUAUGUAUAUUUAAUUUGGCCAUGAGAGAUGUUUAUGUAUAGGUUUAGCCAUGUGUAUUCGACUGAUUUAGAGAUACGUCGACUAAUUUACUAUAUAGGGAAUGAAUGAUCUUUGGUAUUGUACUUAUUACACUUAUGUGCAGAUAUGUAAAACUAUAAACACUUUUUUUUUUU